AUGACCUCAGAGUGUAUGGGCUGUAAAUCAAAAGUGAUUCAUCUCCUACGCCACUUGAGAGAUGUCCACAAAUGGACCAAGGAAAAGGCAAAGAAGGCCACCUCCACAUUUGGAUUAAGGAAAAGCUUCCAACCAAAACUCAAUGAAAACCUGUACAGCAAUCUCCUACGAAAACUGUACAGGAAAAGAAAAGAAAAGAUUAUCACCGACAUCGAAGGCCAAUACGAAGAAGAAGAUGAUGAGGUGCAGGAGGUUGAAAAUGAAGAAACCGAAGAAUUACAAGAAGAAGAGGAAAAGGCUAGAUUUUUAAGUCAUUUUGCUGGUCCCUCCUUCCACCAUCCGCUAAAUGACAAUUGCAAAUGCCCACCGAUCUGGGGUUCUGGCCAAUAUGACAAUUGGAGAGCUGGAGGAAGCCAAGGAGACCAAGCAACUUUAUUCUCAUAUCUGAAAGUUUACGUCAGUGAAAUGCGCCGUCAAGUUUCAAAUUCAGGGAGCAAGUAUAUUGAUGACAGGUCAAUGCCUGUUUUUUUGUCAUGGAACGGAGCAAAACUUGAAUCUGGGCAACUUUCUACUGCUAUCAAUGCUGCUUGGAAGAAGGUAGGAAUGGAAGGGCAUGUUUCUUCCACAAUAUUUCGGAAGUCAACCGUCACAAAGGUUCAUGGAGAUCACGAAGAAAUGAAAGGUUAUCUAGCUGAUCUUAUGGGUCACAAGACAACAACUGCAGUAUAA